AUGCCGAAACGAGGAAAAACAUUGAAUAGUCAAUGUCGUGAGCUUGUACUAAAGCUACAGGAUUACUUUGAGCGUGAGUCACAAAAUGGCGGCCCUCCUUUGAUUUCUGUCACUCAAGUGAAAGAUCGGGUUUCACAAGCUCUUGGAAUUGGUGCAAAAACACUAUAUAAUAUAAAUAAAGAAAAAUUUGGUGCUUCUGGAAGUGAAGAUAAUGUUUUACGCCCUCCUAAGAAAAAACGAAGACAAAAGCCCGUGACAGGUGUUGAUGUUUUUGAUGCAGAUGCAAUAAGAAACCACAUAUAUGGUUAUUAUACUAGGAACGAGUUUCCAACUAGACGUUUGCUUUUGGUCUCUUUAAAAGAAGCUGGCUUGUUUAAAGGCGGUAAAACGGCGUUGUCAAAACUAUUGCACGAAAUUGGGUUUGAAUAUAAAAAAACGAAUAAAAGGAAAAUAUUAAUGGAAAGAUUUGAUUUAAUAAUUAAAAGGAGCGAGUUUUUAAGAGAAGCCAGAAAAAUCGAGUCUUGGGACAACGUCGUUUUUGUUGACGAAACAUGGUUAAAUGUGAACCACACUGUGUCACGCUCUUGGACUGACGAAACAAAAGCAUCAACCUCAAAGGUUCCAAUGGGAAAAGGAUCGCGACUGAUAAUUUGUCACGCCGGUUCUGCUGGAAGUGGUUUCUUUGAAAAUGGACUGCUGGCUUUCGCGUCAAAAAGUACUUCCGAUUACCAGGAGGAGAUGGAUACAGACACUUUUACGAAUUGGUUCGAAAAUCAAUUAUUACCCAGCCUGCCAGAGCCUUCUAUCAUAAUAAUGGACAACGCUUCAUAUCACUCGAAACAAGUGAAUAAAGCACCUACUCAGGCCGACAAGAAAGCUGAUCUCGUAGCAUGGCUACACCAAAAUGGAAUUGAAACUACUGCCAAAAUGCUAAAGUCUGACUUAGUAAAGUUGGUACGCGAAAAUAAAACAUCAAGAGUCCGUUAUGAAGUAGAUGAGAUAGCUCUAGCACAUGGACAUCGGGUACUUCGAAUUCCGCCUUAUCACUGCCAGUACAAUGCCAUUGAGCUAAUAUGGGCACGAAUCAAAGGUUACGCAGCUCGUAAUAAUACGACUCCGCCAUUCAGUACUAAUAAAAUGAUGGGUCUAUUAAAAGAUGCUUGCAGCAAAAUAACGAAAGAAGAUUGGGUCAAGGUCGUCGAAAAGACUCGAAAACUAAUAACAGAAGAUUAUGAACGCGAUAUAAGAGUGGACACCAUUAUAGAGAAUGAAAUUGUCAUACAAGUGACUGAUAGCGAUGACAGCUCUGGCGAAUCUGGUUCAGAGUCUGAAUAA